UACAUUCAGUUUGAUUUCUUCCUGGUUCGCGUUAACAUCGGAAAAAUAAAUUAACAUUUAUUUAAACGAAUGGGUGCAACUGACAAUAAAAAGGACGAUUUGUCCUUUUAUAAUACGAAUAUCAUCCUAGAAGAUUCUAUUCAAAAUGGAACUUCUAAAGAGAAAAAUAAAUCCUUCUUCUCAUCCGAUGAUAAACAAAAGAAGGAACACAAAGAGACUCGGGAAGAAUCUCAAGCCCGAAAAGAAGAUGAGGCACCUGAAGUGUCAUUUUUAAGCAUUUACAAGUACUCCAGUUGGACGGAUAAAACAAUGUACUUCGUUGGUUUCUUAUGUGCUAUAGCAACUGGAAUAACCACUCCCCUCAACAGUUUAAUUUUUGGAAACUUGACCGAUGCCAUGGUUAAAUACGGGUUGUAUUUGGUUGGACAGGAAAAUGCAAGAAGUGUUGAAUCUGAUGAAUUACUGGAAGCUGUGAAAACUUUUGCUCUGCAAAAUGCUUAUAUCGGAGCUGUUAUGUUGAUAUGCAGUUAUCUUUCCAUUACUCUGUUCAAUUAUGCAGCUCAAUCGCAGAUCUACACAAUUCGAGGAAAAUUUUUCAAAGCCAUUUUACACCAAGACAUGUCAUGGUAUGACUUUCAUCAGAGCGGAGAAGUAGCUAGCCGAAUGAAUGAAGAUUUAACAAAGAUGGAGGAUGGAUUGGGAGAAAAAGUUGUGAUAUUCACUAAUUUUAUCGUAGCAUUCAUAUCGUCUUUGGUACUAGCAUUCGUUAAAGGCUGGCAAUUGGCCUUGGUAUGCCUGACAAGUCUGCCCGUCACUCUUAUAUCUUUAUCGGUGGUUGGAGUAAUUACUGGUAAGCUAUCAAAGAAAGAAUUGAAUGUCUAUGCCAAGGGUGGUAACAUUGCCGAAGAAGCUUUGAGUGGAAUUCGAACUGUAAAGGCAUUUGAAGGCGAAGCAAAAGAAGCAGCAGCAUAUCGAUCAAAUAUAAUAGAUGCUCGUAAAAUCAAUGUUAAGCGUGGAUUUUUCUCUGGACUUGGAUUUGGAUUGUUAUGGUUUUUUAUCUAUGCAUCUUAUGCUUUGGCCUUUUGGUACGGUGUUGGAUUGGUCAUAAAAGCUAAUGACCAUAUUGAAGGUUUUGAAAAUUACACUCCAGGAACAAUGAUUACUGUCUUUUUUUCGAUUAUGAUGGGGUCCAUGAAUAUUGGUAUGGCGGCUCCUUAUAUUGAAGCAUUUGGAAUUGCAAAAGGUGCUUGUGCAAAAGUGUAUCAUCUUAUUGAGAAGGAACCUAAGAUCAACCCCAUUUUACGAAGAGGCGUCAAACCUCGGGGUAAUCUCGAAGAGAUAGAGUUUAAAGAUGUCGAAUUUCAAUACCCUACUCGGACAGAUAUUAAGAUUUUGCAAAAACUCAAUCUUAAAAUUAAAAAAGGUGAAACUGUUGCAUUGGUUGGAUCGUCUGGAUGCGGAAAGUCGACUUGUAUUCAACUUUUGCAACGAUUCUACGACCCAAAUGGUGGAAAUAUCUUUAUUAAUAAUGUAAAUAUCAAAGAAUACGAUGUGCAAAGUUUGCGUGAGAGAAUUGGAGUUGUAGGCCAAGAACCAGUACUUUUCGGUACAACUAUUUACGAGAAUAUUCGAUAUGGAAAAGAAGAUGCAACAAGAGCUGAAAUUAUCGAAGCAGCAAAGGCUUCCAAUGCGCAUAUUUUUAUCAAAAAACUUCCCCAGGGAUAUGAAACUCUGGUUGGUGAACGAGGAGCUCAACUUUCUGGAGGCCAGAAACAACGAAUUGCAAUAGCCAGGGCACUUGUGCGUAACCCGGAAAUUUUACUUUUAGAUGAGGCAACUUCUGCUUUAGAUACUGCGAGUGAAGCCAAAGUUCAAGCUGCUCUUGAAAAGGCCAGCGAAGGAAGAACAACAGUUAUAGUUGCACAUCGACUUUCGACAAUCCGCAGAGCAGAUAAAAUCAUAGUUAUAGAUAAAGGUCAAGUAGUGGAAAGUGGAACACAUUUGCAAUUAAUGGAACUUAAGGGACAAUAUUUCAAUCUGGUGACCACUCAACUGGGAGAUGUAAGUGAUGCCCUGAGCCCUGAAAUUGAAGGUAAAACCGAUUUGUUUGCGGAGGAUGAAGACGAAACCGAAAUUGCAAUUGUUAAGGAAGAUGAGCCACUUCAAACGUCAGAAGAAGAAAGUUCAUAUUCUCUAGUGGCUGUUAUGAAACUUAAUAAAACAGAAUGGCCACAAAUCUUAGCUGGCUCUAUUUCGUCUAUAAUCAUGGGAUGUGCUAUGCCUGCUUUUGCUUUAUUAUUUGGUGGAAUUCUACAAAUCCUUGCUUCAGAUGAUUCAACAUAUAUUAGGACAAACACAAACAUAUACAGUUUAUACUUCGUUCUUUGUGGCGUUGUUAUUGGAAUUGCAACAUUUUUACAGAUCUUCACAUUCGGAAUAGCUGGAGAACUAUUGACGGAAAGACUUCGUGGCAUGGUUUUUGAGGCAAUGCUUAAACAGGAAAUUGGUUGGUUUGAUGACAGAACAAACGGAACCGGAAGUCUUUGUGCUCGAUUAUCUGGCGAUGCAUCAGCAGUACAAGGAGCCACUGGACAGAGAAUUGGAACUAUUCUACAAUCAAUUGCUACUCUUGUGCUGGGUGUUGGCCUUGCCAUGUACUACGAAUGGAGUUUAGGUCUGAUAGGUUUAGCAUUCACUCCUUUCAUUUUGGUUGCCACAUACUUCCAGAGAAAAGUUAUGGCUGAUGAGAAUAUGGGAACUACCAAGACAAUGGAAACAUGUACAAAGCUCGCAGUUGAGGUAGUUUCAAAUGUACGAACCGUUGUUUCUUUGGGCCGAGAAGAUAUGUUCCACGUUCAAUAUAUGGAUAUUCUCCUUCCAUCGUGCAAUAAAUCGAAACGGAACACACAUUACCGUGGCCUUGUUUAUGGAUUGGCAAGAUCAAUUAUGUUCUUCGCAUAUGCUGCUACCAUGUAUUAUGGUGGAUAUUGCAUUGUCAACAAUGGAAUGCCAUAUGGAAAUGUAUUCAAAGUUUCACAAGCGUUGAUAAUGGGAACAAUGUCUAUAGCUAACGCCUUAGCAUUUGCACCGAAUUUCCAAAAAGGUGUUACUGCUGCUGAGAAUAUCUUCAAAUUGCUGAACAGGAAACCGGCAAUAGUAGAUUCACCGAAUGCAAGCAAACGUCCUUGGGAAUCAGAAGGCAAUGUCAACUUUAAUAAGGUUAAGUUUAGCUACCCCAGCAGGAAGGAUAUUACUGUGUUAAAUGGAUUGAAUUUGGAAGUAUUUAGAGGUCAAAAAAUUGCAUUGGUUGGACCAUCAGGCUGUGGCAAGUCUACUUGCAUUCAGCUUUUACAACGCUUUUAUGAUGUGUCUGAUGGUUCAGUGUCUAUCGACAAAGAAAAUAUCCGCUCUUUGACCACAAGCAAUUUACGUCGACAACUUGGGAUUGUUUCACAAGAACCAGUCCUCUUCGACAGGUCUAUUGCAGAAAAUAUUGCUUAUGGAGAUAACUCAAGAACUGUGUCAGAGGCGGAAGUUAUUUCGGCAGCCCGCAAAGCAAAUAUUCACAACUUCAUUUCCACUCUGCCAUUGGGAUACGAAACACGUUUGGGAGAGAAGGGAACUCAACUAUCUGGUGGACAAAAGCAGCGAGUGGCUAUAGCUCGAGCACUUAUCCGAAAUCCUAGGAUUCUUUUACUCGACGAAGCAACUUCAGCUUUAGAUGCAGAAAGUGAAAAGGUUGUUCAAGAUGCAUUAGAAAUUGCGAGUGAAGGUCGAACGAGCAUAAGUAUUGCUCAUAGACUGUCGACCAUAGUUGACAGUGAUAUGAUUUUUGUGAUAGACGCAGGAAAAGUUAGUGAAAUGGGUACACAUCGAGAACUGAUUAAAAUGCGGGGAAUCUAUUUCAAUCUAUACAAACUACAAUCUGGUGCAACAUGAUUCUGAGUAAUGUUGUUAGUAGUAUUCGACUAACUAUAACGAGGCUCUGUUUUUUUUUUUCAUUAUAUUUAUAAAAUAAAGUUUUAUAAUCUUUCUGUAUUUGAAUUUAAAAUUAAGAUAUACAAUUUUUAAGGAGAUUUUUUAUGUGCACAUAAAUAAAUUGUACAUCAUAUCGAAAAAAACGUUGAAUAAAAAUAUUUGUACAGGAA